ACGGGUGGGCGCCGGAGAGGCCCGGGUGCGCGUGCGCGUGCGCGUCGGAGUCCGAGCUGCGGGAGGAGGCGGGAGCUGUAGAGGCGGCCGAGGGGGCGGGUCGCGGCGGGCGCCACGUCCGCAGCCAGAGGCCAGCGCCGCCGUCAACGGAGUCUUCGGCUCCGCAGCUUGAGGAGGCGCCUCCGGAACCCGCAACCGCCCGAGGCUGUGCCCGCCGCUCUAGCCGCCUCAGCUCUACUUGGUUCUGCCCGCUCCCUCCGCCGGCCCCGGCCCAGGCGGCGGCCCCGACCCCGGCGAUCAUGAAUCAGGCAGAUAAAAAUCAACAAGAUAUCCCAUCAUACCUUAGUGACGAACCACCAGAAGGAUCGAUGAAAGAUCACCCACAGCAGCAACCAGGCAUGUUGUCCCGUGUGACUGGCGGUAUUUUCAGUGUUACAAAAGGAGCUGUUGGUGCCACCAUUGGUGGUGUGGCUUGGAUUGGUGGAAAGAGUCUGGAGGUGACCAAAACAGCUGUUACAACUGUGCCUUCCAUGGGAAUAGGGCUGGUGAAAGGGGGCGUGUCUGCUGUGGCUGGAGGUGUUACAGCUGUUGGGUCUGCUGUUGUAAACAAAGUGCCCUUAACAGGAAAGAAGAAAGACAAAUCUGACUAAAACAUGGAGAUACAUUUGCUCUCUACAGCAUUAUGAUGCCAGUGGCAUUGAAUUGCUAAAUUAUGGACUACAACUAAGUCAACUGUUUUGGAUGUUUAUCUUCUUAAACUGCUGUGUUGAAAGUAUUGAUGACUGGCUUUCGUCUAAAAAGAAGAGACCAAUACUAGCACAGUGUAUGAAGGUUUCUCAUACUUAAAUUCCAGCUUUUUAUCUGGUAAAAUGUUACACUUAUCAGCUGUAACUGAAGAUAUAUUUGAGUAUUUACUAUAAGUCUUUUAGUUUAACUAAAAAUGUGAAAGUUGAAUUUAGUGGAUGAUCUUUACAAUUCCAUAUGUAUAAUGUGCCAGGUAACACAUCUGUCCCUUAAAAAGGGAACCUUGAACUACAUAAACUGUAAUUUUGAUGUGCCUACUAGUUUCAGAUGUCUUAGUUUUUUUAUAAUGAUAGUUGAUUAGGCCAAGAGGCAUUCUUUUCUUAUUUAAGCUGGUAAAAGUAGCAAGAUUUAGAGAAAUUUAAAAGAAAAGAUAAAGGGUUUUAUGAUCCUGAGUGUUAACCAUCUUUUGUUAGAUAUACAUUAUAUUUAUUUCAUCAUUGAUGCCUUACAAAAGAAAACAUCUUUUCUAACACCCUCAUUGUGCAGUUCUUAGCAUUAUAUAUGGAUUCUCUUAAAAGUUGUUUGUAUCAGAUCACUUUUCCUUCUUUAAGAAUCUCAGGAGUCUUGGGGUAAAAGCAUUUCUUGCUCUUAGCAGAUAAGAUAGUGGUUAACUUUUUGUUAACUGUCUGUAGUUAUGACCAACAAUAUGCUUGAACCUGGGUUCAUGCUCCAUCAUCAGUACACCUCACAGUGCCUAAGGAACAUGUCGUUGCUAGUCAGAAGCUUUGUUGGAAGAGUUUCAGACUAAGGAGGAACAAAUACAUAAUUUUCAGUUUUUAAAAAUUACCUAGAACAUCCCAGAUAUAAAAAGAACUCUUCACAUUUGUUUUAUCUCUAGGAUGGCUUAAAUUAUAAGCAGUUUUUUUAAAAAAACAUGGUAAAAGAGCCACGAAUAUGUGGGAGCUUUUAAAUUGAAUGAAAUGGGCUCCAGGGAUUAGUUUUGAAUGUAAAAUAUAUGUGUUUUCAAUGGUUUAUAGCAGUGGUUCUCAACCUUGGCUGCACAUUAGAAUCACCUGGGAAUCUCUUUAAAAUCCUGAUUUCUGGGCCUAAUCCUCCAGAAAUUCUGUUUCUUUGUUAUGGGGUGAGGCCACAACAUUAGUAACAAAGAAACAGAAUUUCCGGAGGAAGAGGCCCAGAAGUCAGGAUUUUAAAAAGAUUCCCAGGGGAUUCUAAUGUAUAGCCAAGGUUGACAACCACUGGUUUAUAGGCUUUUAAAAUGUUAUCUCACCAUCCUUUAAAGCAGCUGUAGACUUUGUAUCAUUUUCCAAGUCAAAUUCAGGCAGGGAAUUGAAGUUUUUGAUUGUGGAUGAUAAGUGUGUCAAGUCUUAAUUAACAUAUCAUGUUUCAGUCAUUCUCAAAGAAUAUGACUUAGCUGAAAUUCAUCUGUUUGUUUCUUGUUUCAUAAAAAAUUUAAAAGUGGCAUAUAUAUAUUUGGCAUUCAUCCUAACUAGGGGUUAUAAUCCAAUCCUGAAAAAAAUCUGUUUUCUUUAUACUAAGUCCAGAUAUUUGCCUCCAUUCUGCAGAUUUUUUUUUCCUUGCAAGGGAGGGAAGGAAAGGUAUGAUGCUCUGGAGUAAAUAAGUGAAACAGUCUCCCUGAGAACUUAAAACAGAUCACUCGCACACCCAAGGCUGAACUGUUAGUAAACAACAAAGAAUUUUUACAUUAAUGUAGAUUACCAAACGGAUAAGAACAUUACUUUUCAAAAACUUGCAUGAAUACCAGCAGGGAUUUUAAGCAAAUCUACAAAUGUUCUUGAAUUUUUCUACAGUAUAUAAAACUGAGAAGUCGUUAAGGAAUUCAAUUCAUCAGAAAUUAAAUGGCCUUUUAUUUCAUGUAAUUUAAGGUAUACAUGUUGGUAUAUCUGGUCAAAUGUCAUAAUUAGCAAUGGUUGUUUUUUUUCCCCCCAAAAUUAAUAGAUGAACACAAAUAAUGACCUAAAAUAAUGGCAGUGGAGAAUUGUUUCCUGCUAUUUGAAAGAAAUUAUCACUUCAUUAAUAGGUCAUUUUUCUAAUUUAUCUUCUCUCGUCAUAGGUUCUGCUGUGCUUUAUACCUGCAUUUCUAAACAUACUUUAGUUGACUGUAUGCUUGCAUAUUUAUUUUUAACUUUGCUUAUCUUUAAAAUUGCUUGAGGAAAAUAAAAUAGUUGUGAUUAAUUUCUGCUACAGAAAAGCCACCUGGUACAUUUUAUCUUACUGAGUUUGUUUUAAAUUCUAAAUUGUAACUUUGUUCAGGAGAGGCUUUUGCAAUAGCAGAGAACUGUACAAAUGAAGUUAGUCAUGGAGGUUCUUGUUGAAAUGAACUUGCCAUCUGAUAUGUAUAGCUGUACACUUGAGUCUUUCUCAGUUUAUUUUUGUAGAUUAGCAUUUGACCUGUAAACAGUACUAGUUCACUUCAAGAAACUAAGGUGGUUGUAUAUACCUGGAGGCAUCUGUUAUUCAGCUUUCCUUUUGAGUGGGUAUUUGCACAAUGAGGGUAACCGUGUGUGACCCACUGAAUGACUGAUCUAAUGUUGAUAUUAUGAGACCUGCACUUAGAUGAAAAUAACUGAUGACUGAAGUUUUUUGUAUUAAAGGAAUGAGAAAAGAAUACAUGAACCUGUUAAUAAAACACUAUGAUCUAUAAAAUAUGAAAUGUUUCAUAAAGAUCUAAGGGAAUAAAGGAAAUUUUAAAA